AUGUGGCGCGGGCGGGCGCUGGCGCAGGCCAUUGGCCGCGCGGCCCGGGGGCGGGGCCGGGGGGCGGGCGGCGCUGAGCAGGGGCGCGCGCCGAGUCGGGCCGGCGUCGGGGGCCGGAGGCCGCUGAGUGUUCUAGGUCAGAGCCGACACUUUGUAACAAUGCCUGAGAUCCAUACCGACCACCUUGAUAAGCAGCAAGUCCAGCUCCUGGCGGAGAUGUGUAUCCUUAUUGAUGAAAAUGACAAUAAAAUUGGGGCUGAGACCAAGAAGAAUUGUCACCUGAAUGAAAACAUUGAGAAAGGAUUAUUGCAUCGGGCUUUUAGUGUCUUCCUAUUCAACACCGAAAACAAGCUCCUGCUACAGCAGAGGUCGGAUGCAAAGAUCACCUUUCCAGAUUGUUUCACCAAUACGUGCUGCAGCCACCCGUUGAGUAACCCGGACGAGCUCGAGGAGAGCAAGGCCCUCGGAGUGCGGCGAGCCGCGCAGCGGCGUCUGCACGCGGAGCUGGGCAUCCCCCUGGACGAGGUUCCUCCAGAAGAAAUCAAUUACUUGACACGAAUUCAUUACAAGGCCCAGUCUGACGGUGUCUGGGGUGAACAUGAAAUCGACUACAUCCUGUUUGUGAGGAAAAACGUGACGCUGAACCCCGACCCCAACGAGGUGAAAAGCUAUUGCUACGUGUCGAAGGAAGAACUAGAACAACUUCUGAGAAAAGCAGCCAGUGGUGAAAUUAAGAUAACACCGUGGUUUAAAAUUAUUGUGGAGACUUUUCUCUUUACGUGGUGGGAUAACUUACAUCACCUGGGUCAGUUUGUGGACCAUGAGAAAAUACACAGAAUGUGAAUGUGGAGAAGAAUGAUUACUGCAGAAUUUCUCUACUUAGUAAACUUAGAGUGACUUGUUUUAAAAAUUCAGUUCCCUGUCAGGAGAGCUCUCACACGGUACGUUGAUAAUUUAUGACUUGUGAAGAAAACACAACUAAUAAUUUUGCAUCAUAUGCCCGGAUCUGUACUCUGUUAUAAAAGACAGUUGUGAGAGAUUUUAUUUUGUAAAAUAAAGGAGAACAAAUAAAACAAUUUAACCAUCCAAA